AUGGCAAGUGUGGAGGAAUUUUUUGUUUCCCCGUCAGAGGAAUUUUUAGAGCAGUGCACGAGAGAGCAGUUGUUGAAUAUAGCAGAGCACUACAAAGUUGAUGUGGGUGACAAACGUUUAAAGGACAGAGUAAGGGCAGUAUUAAUUUCAACUUUAUUUGAGAGAAAAGUUUUGACCGAAGAACCGGCAGUUGUUUCUCCAGCCGCCCAGUUGCUUCCGCCCUCAGUAGCAGUGGGGCUUACAUUUGACCAGCAGAAGGAGCUGCUUCUGUUGCAGCUGGAACAUGACAAGUGUAAGCAGAAAGCGGAGCUGGAGAAAGAACUGGCUGUGGAGAGGAUGCGUCAGCAAACGGAGCAGGCCAAAUUGGAAUUUGAGCAUUCUAAAUUGGCACUGAUUAAAGAGGGAAAGCUGAUGGCUACGGGUGAGUUGGCCAAUGAUUCUGUUUUGGGUCAGUCCACCGAUAGUUUUGAUGUGUUGGGCAAUUUGCGUUUUUUGCCAAAAUUUUGUGAGAAAGAUCCUGAAUCAUUUUUUUCUUUGUUUGAACGGGUCGCUGAUGCACGUAAAUGGUCGGAUGAGGUGCGCACGCUAGUAUUACAGUGUGUGUUCACAGGCAGAGCACAGGAGGCCUGCUCAGCAUUAACAGGGGAGGAAAGUCGUAAGUACUCUCAGGUGAAAUCGGCAGUUCUAAGGGCUUAUGAAUUAGUCCCAGAAGCCUAUAGGCAGCGAUUUAGAUCUUGGAAAAAGGGAGAAAGGCAGAGUCACUUAGAAUUUGCACGCGAUUUGGCUACCCAUUUUACGCGCUGGUGCACUGCGGCGAGUGUGGAUGAUUUUGAUGGUCUCUGUGAGCUUAUCAUAUUGGAGCAGUUUAAAAAUUCACUGCCGGUGCGAGUGGCAACCUACCUCAGUGAACGAAAAGCUAGAAACGCGACUGAGGCGGCGGCUCUCGCAGAUGAUUAUGUAUUAACUCAUCGGAAUAGUUUUAGUGAGCCCCGGCUGGGCAGUGUAAACAGGGAGUCAUUCGGCCGACCCCUUAAACACUUUCCAAGUGAUAAACAGAGUGGCAGUCACCUAGGUGAUUCGGACAAACUUUGUAAUUACUGUCACAAACGCGGACACUGGAAAGCAGACUGUAAAUGGCUGCGGUCUAAAUCUAAGAGCACUUUUGGGGAUCAUGCGAAAGGGGUCGCUUUGGCUGUGCCCGCGCGUCAGUUCGUCACUUCUGAGGUUGUGCAUGAUACCGAUUCUUGUCCGGAGAUGGAUUCGUACCGACCGUUCAUCACCGAGGGGUUUGUGUCUAUGGUAGGAAGCGAUACUAAGGUGCCGGUGACUAUUCUGAGGGACACGGGAGCGUUCGAUUCAUUCAUCAGGGUAGGAGUUUUGCCUUUGUCGAAAGACACAGAGACGGGGAGCUCUGUUCCUGUCCGGGGAAUGGAUCUCAGCGUCCUGUGGGUCCCAGUACAUAACGUAACGCUUCAGUGUGAUUUGUUUCAGGGGGAGGCUGGUCUCGCGCUGCGCCCGGCGUUGCCUAUUCCAGGUGUGUCGGUUAUUCUCGGAAACGAUUUGUUAGGGGCGAGAGUCUGGGCAGGGGUAUCACCACCCGUCGUGGUGGCGCCGACACCGUUGGCGAGAUUGAAGCCGGAUGAAAAUGAACGUGUUUUUCCGGAGAUUUUUUCAGCCUGCGCCGUUACGCGUGCCAUGGUGGCCGCAAAGUCCGAGGUUGACACAGAUAAAGAGGGUGUCCGUGAAAGAUUUGCAUUGCCCCUGUCUGACUUUCCUCUGUCCAUAUCUCGCAGUGACCUAGUGGCCGAGCAGCAGUCUGAUCCCUCCCUGAAGAAGCUGUUUGACCAGGUUCGACCGGCGAGUGAGGUGUGGGACAGUGCUUCCGGUUAUUUUUGCCACGACUCUUUAUUGGUGAGAAAGUGGGUACACAGCGCGAACGUAGUGGGGGACACAGUGGUCCAAAUAGUUUUGCCAGUAAAGUUGCGGGAGUGUGUGUUGAAAGUUGCUCAUGAUGAGUCAGGUCAUUCUGGAGUAAGAAAAACUUAUGACCGACUCCUGAGACACUUCUUUUGGCCUCGUAUGAAGAGGGAUGUCGCGACUUUCAUUAAAACAUGUCAUACAUGCCAGUUAACUGACAAACCCAAUCAAACGUUGAAACCUGCGCCUCUGUGUCCCAUACCCGCAGUCGGACAGCCUUUUGAGCACUUGAUUGUUGAUUGUGUCGGUCCAUUGCCCCGCUCUAAAUCUGGUGCGAAUUAUCUUUUGACUAUAAUGUGCCACAGCACCCGGUACCCUGCUGUGUAUCCCCUGCGUACAAUAACUACAAGGUCUGUGGUACGGGCGCUCUCCCAGUUUAUAUCUGUGUUUGGCAUCCCAAAGGUGAUUCAGUCAGAUCGAGGGUCUAACUUCUCCUCUCAAAUGUUCCAGCAGGUGCUGAAACAGCUGCGAGUCUGGCAUAACCAGAGCUCUGCCUAUCACGCUCAAAGUCAGGGAGCGUUGGAGCGCUUCCACCAGACUCUUAAGUCCCUUUUGCGCGCAUAUUGCACGGAGCUGGGUAGAGACUGGGAGGACGGGUUGCCCUGGUUAAUGCUUGCAGCAAGGGAGGUGACACAGGAGAGUACAGGGUUUAGCCCGAAUGAGCUUGUCUUCGCACACACUGUCAGAGGUCCAUUGGCUGCGCUGUCUAGCGGCUGGGUAGAGUCACAACCUCCAAAGAAUUUAAUUGAUUACGUCAAUGGCUUUAGGCACAGGCUGUACACUGCAGGGGUAUUGGCCAAGGAGAAGCUGGAGUCAGCUCAGGGCAAGAUGAAGCAUCUAUAUGACAGGGGGGCUGAGCGCCGUGUUUUUAGUCCUGGGGACCAAGUGCUGGCUUUGCUUCCAAUCGUCACGUCACCAUUCCAGGCAAAAUUUACUGGGCCGCAUACAGUGUUGGAACAAAUUUCAGAGCUUAACUACAUGAUUUCAACACCGGGUCGUAGGAAACCGACUCAAAUGUGCCAUGUAAAUUUGCUCAAGCCGUACUACGCGCGCCCCUCGGAGACAGUUGCCGUUGACCCGCAGCCAAGUGUUCAGAUCCAUGCAGUGUGCGCGGUGGCCCCAGUGGUGUGUUCUAAUCCUAGUCAUUCGGAGUCUGAUGACGAAUUAAAUAUGCCUGACUCGGCUCUGUUACAUGGGCGGCUUAAAAAUUCUGAGGCUAUGGCCCGGUUGGAUAACCUGUUUCCACAUUUAACAGAAUCGCGCCGAGCAGAGUUGAUCCAGGUGAUCCGAGGUUUUCCGGACCUCUUCAGUGAUACACCCGGUCGCACUCACUUAAUUGAACAUGACAUAGAUGUGGGGGAUGCUGCGCCCAUCAAACAAAGAUUUUAUCGAGUAAAUGCAGAUCGUCGUAAACAUUUGGAUGCAGAGGUUGAUUACAUGCUGGAGAAUGGGAUUGCGGAACCCUGCUCUUCCAGUUGGUCAUCUCCCUGCUUGCUCGUUCCAAAGUCUGACAACACGCCCCGUUUCUGUUCAGAUUUUCGUAAAGUUAACAACGUUACCAAGCCUGACUCUUUUCCAUUUCCCAGGAUGGACGAUUGUAUAGAUCAGGUUGGUUCAGCAGCGUUCGUCAGUAAAUUUGAUCUGUUAAAGGGAUAUUGGCAGGUGCCCUUGACGCCGCAUGCGCGUGAGAUAGCCUCUUUUGUGACACCAGCCGGUCUGUAUUCCUAUACAGUGAUGCCCUUUGGCCUUAGAAAUGCGCCUGCUACCUUUCAGCGUCUUAUGAACCGCGUCAUUGGGGACAUGCAGGGCUGUGCGGUUUAUCUAGACGACGUAGUGGUGUAUUCGGAUACGUGGGAAGAACAUCUGGAGCGUAUCCGGGAACUGUUCACUCGUUUGGCGGAGGCAAGGCUCACGGUUAACUUCGCAAAGUGUGAGUUUGCCAGAGCAACCGUUACAUACUUGGGCCGUGUGGUUGGGCAGGGCCAGGUGCGGCCCGUAGAUGCUAAAGUUCGGGCGGUGAAACAGUUCCCCGUUCCGGCAACGAAAAAAGAACUUAUGCGCUUUCUUGGUCUCGUCGGCUACUACAGGGGGUUCUGUAGAAAUUUUUCAACAGUCGUAGCACCAUUAACUGAUCUGUUGAAAGGAAAGGCGAAAUAUAUUUGGACUCCGACUUGCGACAAAGCGUUCGUACAGGUAAAAGAGCUGCUUUGCUCUGCUCCUGUCCUGUCUGCCCCGCGUUUUGACAAGCCGUUUCAACUCUAUGUAGAUGCCAGUCACGCUGGAGCAGGAGCUGUCCUCAUGCAGACGGAUGAUUUGGGAAUCGAUAAACCUGUUAGUUUCUUUUCCAAGAAAUUUAACCCGUGUCAGUUAAAUUACGCGGUUAUCGAAAAAGAAGCACUUGCGUUAAUUUUGGCUUUAAAACAUUUCGACGUUUAUGUUGGUGGCAGCGGUGCCCCUACCAUCGUGUACACUGACCACAACCCUCUAACUUUUCUUAACUCCUUGCAGUGUCCCAACCAGCGGCUGGUCAGGUGGUCGCUGUUCCUGCAGUCGUACUCUCUGGACAUUCGCUAUGUGAAGGGGGCCGAGAACGUGGUGGCAGACGCGUUGUCUCGGGCUCCCCCGCGUGGCGACUGUGCCUAACUGUUUCCCUUUUGGUUCUACUCUUGCCUCCUCUCAAUCUCUUAAAUUGCUUCCUAGGUGCACCGGUUGCUGGGGUGGGGAGUUUGGGUUAAGGGAUGUUGGACCAACGAAACAGUCUGGUACCUGGACUUGUAGUGUUCCACUGUGCUCACGGUGCCUGUAAAAAUGUAAUGUAUGUUGGGUUUGGGUUGUUUUUUUAGGCUAGCACUUUAAAAAAAAAAAAAAAAAAAGUUGACUGGAUACGGGUGCACUGAUAUGGUGUUACUGUGGGGUAUUGUGUUUAUGUUGGUCUGUUUGCUUAGGUUUGUUUAAUCCCGGGAUUCCCUUCAGGAUCCCGUUCUUGUGGGGGUGGGUGUGACGGUUCCCUGGUGUCUAAUGUAUGCUUUUCCCUCUGUCAAGCAGGAGGUUACCAGGGGGCGGUCCGAUCAGUUAGUGAGGUUGGCAGCACCUGGGCCCGGUGUCUCCCAACCUAUAAAUACCCCGCCUUCUCCACCAGUUCGCUCUCUCCUUCCCUCCGGGCGGAUGGCUUUGUCUUUUGUUUUACGCAUCCAACACCCUAACACACAUUACACCCCGUAUUCACUCAUGCAUGCACGCACCUACACAGCUGAUCUACUGAUCCUCACACCCCAUGACUUGUUUGUGUUCACCACCUAA